AAAAGUACUGUUGGGUGGGGAUUUGCGCUUUUAACUUUGUACAUACGUUCGAUCGAUGAUCAUCAGUGCUCACUAGUUUGUGCAACCAAUCGCAAUGUCUCUCGAUCAGCAAUUUGAAGCAGCUGCUGAAUCUGUGAAGGCGCUUACAAAACGCCCCACUGAUGAAGAACUUUUAGAGCUUUAUGCUUUGUUUAAACAAGCUACAGUUGGCGACAACAACACAUCCAAGCCUGGCAUGCUGGAUUUCAAAGGAAAAGCAAAGUGGGAAGCCUGGAACAAGAAAAAGGGAACCUCGCAAGAAGCGGCAAAACAAAGCUAUAUCGAGUAUGCUAACACACUGAUCGAGAAGUACAAAUAAUUUCGUCAUCGUUUUACGUUUCUAUUGUUUACUUACCGGUUAAACACGGUGUUUUUUUGUUCUUGGAUAAUUUUGUUAUUUGCUUACGCGUAAAAUAAAAAAUCGCAAAUAUUAUGUAA